AUGUCCAAAAGAGCAGCAGACGACUUUGGCGCGGCCAAUUCCGCCAAAAGAGACGCCAACGGCAGCACCGAGCGGAGAAUCGAGGACCUGUCCGACGACUACCGGUCGAAAGUCGAAGGAGAUAUGGAAGACCUUUCUGGAGACGACUAUGAGAGCGAGGGAGAAAUCAUCGAGAUUGACACCUCUGGGGAAGAGGACAACGACGAGGCGAUGGAGGAGACCCAGACCGAGUCCGCACACACAGACAACCAGCCAGAACAGUCUUCGCAGCAGGACGGCCAACAAGAGCUGUAUUUACCCCACAGAUCCAGACCUUUGGGUCCAGACGAGGUGUUGGAGGCAGACCCCAGCGUGUAUGAGAUGUUGCACAACGUCAACAUGCCAUGGCCAUGUUUGACUCUCGACGUUUUGCCCGACAAUCUUGGAUCGGAAAGACGCGGGUUCCCGGCCAGCAUGUACCUUGCUACCGCAACACAGGCCCAGAGAAACAAGGACAACGAGAUGAUUGUGAUGAAGCUUUCGUCGUUGGCCAAGACUUUGGUGAAGGACGACGACGACGAAGAGGAUGAAGACGACGAAGACGAGGAGGACAACGACCACGACCCGAUCCUCGAAAGCGAAACCGUUCCUCUUAGCCACACAACCAACAGACUGCGCGUUUCUCCAUUGGCGCAGAAGACGGGCAAGUAUUACACUGCCACCAUGAGCGAGAACGCAGAGGUGCUCGUUUUCGACCUCAGCGCACAGAUGAAGGCCUUCGACACGCCGGGAUACGUGAUCCCGAAACAGAACAAGCGGCCCGUGCAUAUUGUCAAGAACCACGGCAACGUUGAAGGGUACGGUCUGGACUGGUCUCCGUUGGUGGAUACGGGCGCAUUGUUGAGUGGUGACAUGUCCGGAAGAGUUUACCUGACGAACGGGUCCAACAGCAAGUGGACCACCGACAAGACGGCCUUCCAGGCCAGCAAUGCAUCGAUCGAGGACAUCCAAUGGUCGCGGUCGGAAACAACGGUGUUUGCUACCGCAGGCACCGACGGAUACGUGAGGAUCUGGGACACGCGGUCCAAGAAGCACAAGCCUGCGCUGAACGUGCUGGCUUCGAAAACGGACGUGAACGUGAUCUCGUGGUGCGAUAAGCUCGAUUAUCUGCUUGCGUCUGGCCACGACGACGGUAGCUGGGGGGUUUGGGACCUGAGAAGCUUCCAGCCGGGCAAGCAGCCAUCGCCUGUGGUUUCGUACGACUUCCACCGGUCUGCCAUCACUUCGAUUGCGUUCAACCCGCUUGACGAGUCCAUUGUUGCUGUUUCUUCCGAGGACAACACCGUGACGCUUUGGGAUCUGGCUGUGGAGGCCGACGACGAGGAGAUCAAGCAGCAGAAGGAGGAGUCCAAGGACCUGUCGGACAUUCCGCCACAGCUGCUGUUUGUGCACUGGCAAAAGGACGUGAAGGACGUGAGAUGGCACAAGCAGAUUCCAGGAGCACUGGUCAGCACUGGAACAGACGGUUUGAACGUGUGGAAGACCAUUUCUGUGUUGACUCCCGCAUACACCAGAAACCAUUUGUACGACCUGGCGAUCUUUGCCCCGUCCGAAUCCGGGGUCUCUAUUCUGGGUCUUGUCAAAUGGGCACAUAGAACCAGAAUCAGGGUAUAUCCCACGGUUUGGACUCCGACCUGGAUCAGACCGACCUGCGAGUUGAGACAUUGGAACCUGUCGAGCUCGGAAACACAGCAUUGGCGUGCUGGGGCGGUUGUGAGCAGCAGAUUCACAAAGGCGGAGAAUCCAGACGUGGACCCCAGGAACAAGAACAGUGGCGACAAUCCCUCGCUUGUUCGUCUAUUGAUGAUCUUGACGUGCUGGGGGACAUAG